GUUUAUGGAACUACACUGCGUGUAAACAGAGAUUCUGAAACGUUUUAAAAUCAGAAUUUAAUUAGAAACGACGGUCACUCAUUUGAGUGAAAUUGAGUGCGAGUGCGCAUGCGCAGUGCUGUAAGGGAUUAAUCGCGCUGAGCUCUUCACACGGAGGCGAGGGAGAAACACUGCUAAUGAAAAAAUGGCAUCAGUUAAUGAGCCUCAUUACGGACACAGAGACUCUGUGGAUCAGAACUUCGAUUACAUGUUCAAGAUCCUGAUCAUCGGGAACAGUAGUGUGGGAAAGACCAGCUUCCUGUUCCGCUACGCUGACGACUCGUUCACGCCGGCAUUCGUCAGCACGGUUGGCAUCGACUUCAAAGUCAAAACCAUCUACAGGAAUGACAAGAGGAUCAAACUGCAGAUUUGGGACACGGCUGGACAGGAGCGGUACAGAACGAUCACUACAGCGUAUUACAGAGGAGCAAUGGGCUUCAUCCUGAUGUAUGACAUCACUAACGAGGAGUCAUUCAGUGCUGUUCAGGACUGGUCCACUCAGAUUAAGACGUACUCGUGGGAGAAUGCUCAGGUGCUCUUAGUGGGAAAUAAGUGUGAUCUGGAGGAGGAGAGAGUCAUCACUUUGGACCGAGGGAGAGAAUUGUCACAGCAACUCGGUCUGGGGUUUUUGGAGGCGAGUGCGAAGGCGAAUGUGAACGUGAAGCAGACGUUUGAGUGUUUAGUGGAUGUAAUCUGUGAGAGAAUGAAGGAGAGUCCGGACACACUGACAAACAGCAGCGUUCCUCAGGGGGCGGAUCUGAACAACCACCCACAACGCUCACACAAAGACUGUGCAUGCUGAACACACACACACACACACACACACACAGCAUACAAACAUGUACAAGACCAGAAACAAAUGAUAGCAAGGACAUUCUUUUGAGAAUACUCCCAAAUGAUGCUAGGAAACAUUUAAAAAUAUCACCAUGAAAAAGCUAGCUAGCUUUCAUAAAAUUCCUGAAAUAACAUUAGAAACAAUAAACUAACGUCUCAGAAGAAGAACAUCUCAAAAUAAAACUAGCUAGUGUUAAAGAACAUCCCCAGACAAUACAAGCUAACUAACCUUAUAGCUUUGUUGAGGGAUUUUACAAUAUUUUCUAAACUGGAUGUCAAAAAAUAUGCAAGAAAUUUCAGUUUUAUUAAUAAAUAUAUAAAUAACACAGUAUUUUAACAGAUCUCUAUUAAUGUCUAUUUAUGUGUUUGUUUAGUAGCUAUGGCUGCAGUGGAAAUCAGUGUAAUAUUUAUAUUUGUUGUGUCUGUGUCACCAAGCAACAACUGUAAAGGAUAUUUAUGUACAGAUUUAUAAAUAUAAAACCAAAUUUUAAGUAAAGUUUAUUCUGCUGUAAUGUGUUUUGUAAAGUUAUA